AUGACAGCUCGGCAAAAACUCUUGGCGUUGUGGUUCUCUUUGGGGCUGCUCCCUCUCGCUCUGCAAGUGAGAAGUUACGCAAAGUUCGCCAAACCACACACGAUUCCCGAGAUUCUAGUGGUGCAGCCAGACUUGCCCAAGCAGACGGCGAAUCUCUCCUCAGUCUGCCCCGUCGAAGCUCUGCAACUAGUAGGACUCUGGUGGAACUUCGAGCCAACCCACUACUACACGACCGAGAAUGGCAUCAUUUGUCACUCGGUGGUGCCACGGGAAUUACUUCAUCGGCAACGCCAAGGUUCCUCCCUAUCGAUCGACUCCGUCCGGUUGCCGCAAUGA